AACAUGCGCUGGACAAAUAUCUUGUGUCUUGUCUACUGUGGGUAUUUAAUUCAGGAAAGUGUUUGUGGUGGGUACCAAGACAAAGGCAACCCAUAUCAUGACGGACCUCUGGAAACACAAGAGCAGACAAUCGCAGCUUCACAAGACAAUUCACCGCUACACGCGAAAGUGUUCGCCCCAGUGGUAAAGGGAGACUACUCCGCCGUGUUCUUCGUGGGAGGCCUCAAUGGAUACAUACCUGUAGAAGCAUAUCAGAUCGUCCAACAGAAGAUUGCCUCUCAUGGUUUUGUUGUUAUUGGCGUCGACUACAAAUAUCCCCUUUUGCGAAAUUCAUCUCUUGAAGAAAAUGAAGAACUUGAUCAGGACCUGAAUAAAUUUUUCGACGAAUUAACCUGGCUGAAAUCACACCUCUCAAACUUAAUGCAAGUGAAUAUUCUGUGGAACCAGACAUCUCUUAUGUGUCAUUCUUCCGGAUGUGACGUCACGAUUCGGAUGAUACGGAUGAACAGCGCUCUGUUUCGGGCCACGGUGUUUCUAGAGCCGAUGAGUUUGGAUGUGAAACCAGUCAACGUGACGCUCCCGGCCUUGAUGUACGGCACCCAACUCUCGGAGGAAGGGGUGCUCAAGUGUUGUAUCCCGGGCUAUGAUUACAAAAAGUUCUUCGACAUUUGGCAAUGUCCGAAGAUUAAAAUGGAAGUGGCGGAUUUUGGCCAUUGUGACAUCCUGGACCAGAUUCCUUGGGAAGGUUGCCAUGCCAUCCACUUCUGCAAGACUACGAACGACACGAGGCUGGUCGAGUAUCGCCAGUUUGUACAGGGGGUGGUGUCAGCCUUCACCAUUGGAUACACGCAGGGUUGGCCACCCGCUCUCAACUAUAUCGAAAACCGGACAAAUGUACCAUUGAAGUUGUUGGAUUUCGACGCACAACUGUCAUGUUGAAACAGUACGAAAACAGUGCUGACAAGACCAACCUGUAUGUGACGACUUUGAAUGGGAGACAGGACUUUAGCCUGGAGACCAGUUGUGGUGAAGCUGCUCAAUUGAUACAUCACUGGUCCAAAUUCCAACUCCAACCAUUUCUGGCCUGGAAGGAUUAGACGGAAUAAAGAUGAAUAAACGCAUUGUAGAUUCAGGACAGAUAUGUUGGGUCAAUAUUUAGAGAACACCCCACCAGGUACGAGUGAUUACGUGAAAUAUGUUACCAGUGAAAUUAAAGCUCGGGACAGUGAACAUUACUUUCACUCGGGACAUGUUUCACGUAAUCACUCGUACCUCAUUGGUUAUUCUUUUUAUUACCCAUUCUGUAAUUAAACCGAAAACCAGCAUUUAUAAACUAUGAAAAGAUUUUACACGGGACCUCCUCACCGGUAUGGGUAAUAAUGACAGAUAUCUGGCUAAGUCAAGUCCCAUUUAGACAGAUAUCACUCCAGGUGAAUGUUAAGGACCGUCAAACGACUUAAGCUAAAAAAGAAUAUACCAUUUGAAUUCAUAUUUCAUGUUAUCAUUUCUGAUUUCACCACAUGUUGUCUUUAGGACUUGUUCAUGAAUUCAUUUCUAUAUGUAUACCAAUGCAAUUUUAACUUUUGUGGGCAUUCGUGAGUGAGUGAGUGAGUUUAUUUCAGAAAUGGGCUUCACACAUUGUACCUAUGUGGGGAAUCGGGUUUUCUGCCUGAGCAGCGAAGCUUUAACCACUAGGCUACCCACUGCCCUUUUGUGGGUAUUAAGUGAUGUUCAUGUGAAGUCACUGUUUACUUUUAAAAUAUGACUCUUGUACAUUUUAAAUUUUGAAUGUCGAGAUAUUCCUACUUUUUAUUACAUGUUUUUAAGGAUAUGAUUCAAUGAAGAAUUUUGUUUAUAUGUGUGUUUAUGACAAGUCGGUGAAAUGAUAUCAAAAGCUGAUUUUAACUUAGAGUCCUUAUCGAUUGUGAUAUAAUUGUAUACUGCAACAAAACAAUGAAACAUCGAACUGUUUUUACCAAAUAUCGCAGUUGAGGAAAUAUGACGCUGUGCACAUAUCACAGUGUUAUUUGAUAAAAACGUUUUUUACGUU